CGGAGAGGAGAGGUGGUGCUUGAUCGUGUUGUAGUUGCUCUCGAACAUGUGUUUAUGUUUUUAUUGACAACUUACGUAACAGUGGUAUCUCGUUUAUAACAAUCUUGACGAUUUUUCUUGUGGUUUGUUCCUAGUGUUUAUUAUUAUUUUGUGAUUGUUUUGGUAAACUCUUAUUUUUUGUGUUUUCGUGUGUGCUUUUAUUUUCUAUAUUUUAAUUUUGGAUUUUACAUCUUGCCAUAUGGACUUUUCCUCCUAAGGAGUUUGCAUUUGGAGUACCCUUAUUUACUAGAUGGAGUUUCCAGUCCAGAGGAGCGUUUAAGGUGGAAUGGCACGAGCUGGCAUGGCGUUAAGGAGGGGAACGAGUCAUGGAAAUGCAGAGGGAAGCGAUGACGUGCAGCGGUCCAUCGAGCUACUCGACCGGGUCUUGUCCGAAUUCGAUGAUGUGGAAAAUGCGAACCAAGUUCAGAAUAUACAACAAAUUACGACGUCGACGUCGACGCCGCAGCUCAGACAAGUCAGCAGUAACUCAACCACCGGCAACGUAUCAUCCACUCCGGACGACGAGAGUCCUUCUCUCGGUCAUCAGUCAGAGGAUGACGGUUAUAUGAGCAUGAACGGCCGCAAACCUAAGUUCAACUUAGCCUUCAAGCCGUUGGCCGAAGUGCCUGUCCAUCACGAGAAUGCCUCGCAGUCUCCCACAAUUAUGCAUCCGGGGGAUCCAGACGACUUUCCGCCGCCUCCGGAGGAGGCGCAGAGGCUUAUCGCUACACUAUUGCCUAAAGUGUCCCCAGCACACAGACCGAAAAACAGCACUAAUUCAAGUAGAAAUCGUCAGUUUCCUCUAACUCAGUUACCGCCUCGGGUAGAAACGAUACCACCGCCUCACAAGUUCCAAAACAAUGAGUAUACGCCGAUAAUCAAUGGUUUACCCGAUCCAAUUCAUACUGCCACUCAAACGACUUUGCCUAAAACAAGGCACCAACGUCCAUACGGAUGGGAAAACAACGAUUUUACGUUAAAUCCCCCACCUCCGCCCCCGGGAUACCGUUUCGGUAGUCUCCCGUUUCAACAUGGGAUUUACCCCAUUACCUCCCCCACCCGUGUACCUCCGAGAACGAUCCCAACUGCUUUGGAACGUCAUCGAGAAGUCAAGAGACGUGGCAGCGAAGACAAUCUCUCUAGUGACCUAGAAGGGUCUGCCUUGAGGCCCUUGAGCGAGUUGGCAGACGAUGAGCAUUUUUCAGACGAUUCGUUGGAAGAAAUGCUUCCGCCUCCUCCGCCCGUGACCAAUAAACGCGCCAGCAUCGCCUGGGAGGUGCCUCUAGACGACGACGCCCUCCUCACUCCGGGUAGCACCAAAGUCAUCGGUAGAAGACGAAGGAAAUCCGGAUCUCACUCUAGUACUAGUUCUAUACCGAAUAGAUUAAAAGAAUUGGAAGACUGGCCUGAUCCACCUCCUUGCACGACCGAGGAUGAAGUAACAUCACCGUUUUCUGAUUCUGACGACCACGUCAUUCUUCCACCAGAACUAAACUCGGAUCAUUUAUCAGGAACGAGCACUUAUAUUGUACGAAGAGGCAAAAAGGAUCGAAAAGCUUUAGUAAACGUCGGAAGUUCAUUAAAUUCAAAUUCUUCACUCAAUUCGAGAUUAAGUUCAGAUUUGAGUAUCCCUGCAUUAAAUUGUCGGCUAAGUCGGGAAUUGAAUACACCAAGUUCUAGAUAUAGUGUAGAUUUGAGCACCCCACAUUCAAGACUCAGUCAAGAACUCAACUCUCCCAAAUCUAGGUAUAGCUUAGAUUUGAAUAACUCGAGACACUUGAGUCAGGAACUGAGUAGUUCACCGUCGAGGCUUAGUGUUGACCUUUCUAGUUCUAGAUCGAGCACUCCCAGUAAGCAAGGAAAUGAAUUUAAAAAGCACAGCACUACUUUUGAUAAUAUUAAAUCGUUGAUUAAAGAAGGAAGAAUAGAGAGUUAUAACACGCCACCUGUUGAAUGUACCUCAGAUUUGAACCCGAAUAUUCCUCCGAUUGUUAGAGUAGUUUCGUUACCUAGUUUGAACGCUGAAGAAUAUGCACCUAGAAGGGAAUUAGAUGUGACGGUAGAAGAGGAAGAAGACGGUGAAACGUCGCAAGAAAGUGCAGAAAUCUCGCCUUUACGUCAAAUCGAGCAAAACAUAAGUGAGUUACUCGAACGACGUGACAUUGAAGUGAUCCAAAAAGACGAAAAAUGUCUCUUGAAUGGUGUCGAAUCGUUAACUAAGAAAGAGAAACGCAAAGCUCCACCUAAACCUAAAAAAGGCCACGAUCUUCAAAAAUCGAGUAGUCACAAUGAAAUUCAACGCUCGGAAGAGUACUACCGUCAAUUACUGAUCGAAGCCGGCAAUCCAUUUCCCAAACGCAACGGAAUCCAGAAGUCGGAAAGCGCAAAAGAAAUGUUGAUCGCGCACCGCGAAAACCGGCCUUUGCCCACGUCCACGUCGGCCGAUUUCCCGGUGCGAGUCGAGGUCCUCCAACACGACUUCCCUGCACUGCCGCCGUCACCGGUGGAGGAAGACGAUGAGUACUCUGAAAUCGUCCAUCCGACAAGGGCAGACACUCUGCCCGCCAGCACUGAGCCACCUGUAGUGCCUCCACACCGAGAUCCGGUCUCGAACAGCCUGAAAACGCGUUCAAUGGACGCGAAUUACAGUCGAGGAAGACGUAGCAACUUUUACAGCUCGUCGAGCAGUCGACGCACUUUGCCCAUGGAAUUGCAAGAGUCGAAGCGGAAGCCGUUCCAGAAGCAAGAGGAGCACCACCUGCAGACGUCGUGCAGUUUGCCAGAGACGCCGAUUUUCGCCAGGGGCUGCGACAUACCGAGGACGCCGCACAGGAGGGCACCGGAUGUGCCCGGGGGCACGGCGCCGAGACAGAGCAACACAAUCGGCAGUUUGAACACGAUAGGGAAUAUGUCAACAGGAGGGUACCGGAGAGGCAUGUCGAAUCCGGGGUUGGAACAGGCGUAUAGAGGAGCAGAAUUGUUGAGGUUGGCAGGAGGACCAGGGAGGGGCUGGUAUCCGAAGCAGAGACACAGAAGGCCAGCCUCGAUUGAGCAUUUGGAUAGGAUGGCAUCAGGCCAUAACCCGUGGGAGCCUAAUAGGAAACCUCUCACUCUUCCGCCAAAUCUAACACCCAAGUUCUUCCAAAGAUCGCCCAGAGAUGCGUUAAGAAGAGUCACUAGCCUGCUUAUUAGAAAAGGAAAUAAUGGAAAAGAACCAAGAAAAGAAAAGGAAAUUGUGUCGCCCACAAUCCACGAAAAUGCUAAUGGUGCCCAACUAAAAUAAAAAUCUAAACUGGUGUUCGUACAGGAGAGGAAGUGCAGAAGAAAAAGGGAUUCUUCAAAAGCUUCUGGAAACGGUCACGGCAUUACUCUUUAGAACAGCAAUAAAGUGGUCUCCCCUUUCCCACGUAUAGAAACAAAUUUAUCUGAUUAGUUUUUGUGUACAUUUUAUAUAACAAUAAUUUAAUAAAUCUAACCGAUUAGUAUUACUAUUUGUAUCGCUAACAAGAAAAAAGAGCACUUGAUCCUAAUAUUACAUAGUUGUAGAUAUUUCAACUAAUUUACGUACGACAUUAUUUGUAACAAGAAAACUUGAAAAUUUUUCAUCUGUACUUUUUUGCUAUUUUUGUUUUAUGUUUUGCUUUCAAAUUGUAUAAUUGUACAUUAGUUUUAUUUAUAAAUUUUAUUUCUGUGUGUUUUUGAUUUAAUAAA